AGAGGUAGCAGAGAAGCAGUGAGUUGUGAUUAACCAAAGACAGGGCCAGCCUUCGGUACUUCCUUUCUCACAUCAAGAGGGCACACAGAAACAGCUGCAAUGAGUCGUAGCCCGGACAGGAUUUCAUCCUAUCGCCGUCACUUUGAAGACAGCAGCAGCAGCUCGGCCUACCAGGUCAGGGUGUCCAGCCCAUCCCCCACCCGGAGAGAUGCCCGCACUGCCUCCGCCGGCUUCUCGGCCAGGGCCGGGGCCGGCAGCAUGUGCAUGGACUCAGUGGGACGAAGAACCGUCUCUGCUGCACGCAGGACUCGCAUGACCGGAGCUGGCAUGAGCGCCGGAGCUAUGGUGUGUGUUGGGCCUAGUGGAGAGCCCGCCAUCGACCUGGACGUGGCUGCAGCUCAGAACCAGGAAUUCCUCAGCACCCGCUCCGGUGAAAGGCAGGAGAUGAUCGUCCUCAACGACAGACUGGCCAUUUACAUUGACAAGGUCCGAUCUCUGGAGCAGCAAAAUAGGUUACUGGAAGCUGAGAUUGAGGCCUACCAGAACCGGUUUGAGAAGCCAACCGGUCUGCGCCUGCUGUACGAGGAACAGCUGAAGGAGCUGAGAAAGCUCGCUGAGCAGAUGAGACUUCAGCGGGACAUUUCCUUGGCUGCUAAGGACUCCGCAGCUGAACACCUGGAGGCAAUCAAAAUCAAAUACGAGGAGGCAGUAGAGCUGAGAAAGAAGGCUGAGUUAGACAUCGAAGCUUUCCGUCCCGAUGUCGACAAAGCCACGUCUUCACGCAUCGCCUUGGAGAAAAGGCUGGAGCAGCUGGAGGUUGAAAUUGAAUUCUUGAAGCGGAUCCAUCAGCAGGAAAUUGAUGAACUCAUGAAACAGAUCUACGCAGCCCAGGUCUCAGCUGAGAGCGCAUUUGCUCUGCCUGAUCUCAAUGCUGCCUUGAAACAAAUCCAAUCUCAAUAUGAUGAUAUUGCAGCCAAAAAUCUUCAGGAAAUGGAUUCUUGGUAUAAAAACAAGUUUGAAGAUAUAACCAAAAAGACAUCCAAGCACGUUGAUAAAGUCCGGAGCAUCAGAGAAGAAAUGGCAGGUGCCAAAAAAGAUAUUCAAACUAAACAAAUGGACUUGGAUGGCCUGAGGACCAGGAAUGAAGCCCUUGAAGCUCAAAUUCGAGAGAUGCAGGAAAAGUACAAGAAGGAACUACUAGACCUGGAGGCUCGAAUUGAGGCCCUGCAGCUUGAGCUGAAAUCCACAAAGGAGAAAAUUGCGUUGCACCUGCGGGAGUACCAGGACCUUCUGAAUAUCAAGAUGGCUCUGGAGAUUGAGAUCACAACUUACAGAAAAUUGAUUGAGGGGGAAGACCUGCGACUCUCUGGCAUGAUCCAAACCUUGUCUCUUACGGGCUGUAGCAUGAGUGCCAUUGGUGCUGGCGUGAGCCUCAGUGGAGGAAACGUGGACGGCAACAGUUAAAAAUCAGGAUGAUGUGCUGGAGAUGGAUCACCAGGAACAGACCUACACCAUUACUGGUGCUGCAGAUGACUCCGAUGUUGAGUGAGCUCUACGCGCUCCCCGAUGACCUCCCCUCGCCAUUAAAUCCCCACGCCCCUCCGAGCUUUGCACUGACCAAACCCCAUGUCUGGACACUGGCCUUUGCCCUUUGCCCUGGACAAGAAGACCACAAGUGACCCUUUGCCGGAGACUGAAACCUUCAGAUCAUAGAAUUAUAGGAUGACUCACAACACUCACCCUGCUCUCUAAACUUUUGUGUGCCUUACACUCCCCCCUUUUUUCAGUUUGCCACAAAUAAAGCUAUCAGCAUUCAAUGA